CUAUUAUAUAUAUACGCCUCUACCCCCAUCAGCCUCCUCCCCAACCCUACCUUCGAAAGAAAUUCCACCGGCCGGCAGCACACGGCAAGAAAAGGACGGCGAGCGCCAGGGAGAUCACCGAGACUCGACGCACCAUGCCGUGCAUCCCGGCGUCCAGCCCCAGCAUCCAGCACCACAACCACCACCACCGAGUCCUAGCAGGCGUCGGCGUCGGCGUCGGCAUGGGGUGCGGCGCGGAGGCGGUCGUGGCCGCGGCCGGGACGGCAGGGAUGAGGUGCGGGGAGCACGACUGCGAGGUCCCGGCGGAGGUGGCGCGGCACCACGAGCACGCGGAGCCGGGGUCCGGCCAGUGCUGCUCCGCGGUGGUGCAGCACGUGGCGGCGCCCGCGGCGGCGGUGUGGUCCGUGGUGCGGCGGUUCGACCAGCCGCAGGCGUACAAGCGGUUCGUGCGCAGCUGCGCUCUUGUGGCCGGCGACGGCGGCGUGGGCACGCUCCGCGAGGUGCACGUCGUGUCGGGCCUCCCCGCGGCGUCCAGCCGCGAGCGGCUCGAGAUCCUGGACGACGAGAGCCACGUGCUCAGCUUCCGCGUCGUCGGCGGCGAGCACCGGCUCAAGAACUACCUCUCUGUCACCACCGUCCACCCAUCCCCGGCCGCGCCGUCCAGCGCCACCGUCGUCGUGGAGUCCUACGUCGUGGACGUGCCGGCGGGUAACACGAUCGAUGACACCCGCGUGUUCAUCGACACCAUCGUCAAGUGCAAUCUCCAGUCGCUGGCCAAGACCGCCGAGAAACUCGCCGCCGUGUCGUGAGACCUCCUCCACCUCCCAGGAUGCGAUCGAUCCUUUUUUCCCGGGGUGGGAUGGAUGUGUGUUUCUUCGGCGCGUGAGCAUUUUUUUCUCCCCACUUGGUUCUCUUCGUCACACAUUUGACCAUCUCGUUUUCUCCUUCUUUUUUCGCUCGUUGUUGUGAGAUGCAUGCAUGCCCCUCUCCUCCCUGCUUGUCCAAACAUUCAAGAAUGACAAGUACCAUUGAUAGACUUCAAAUUCACUAUAUGUUUGAGUUGCUCUCUGUAUAUAUGUGGUAUAGAUCUGUUCUCGUGUACACGCAAAGUAUAUUCAUCGACAUCGGAUGUUCAUUCA